AUUCUCUCGAAUAACAUAACCUUCCAGUACUUACGAGCUGUCACUUGCUAAGCCUCUCAAAAAUGAGCUUCGCAAUUUCACUCAGCUGAUACUUUAACCGAACACCAAAGCUCCUGCCAUGGAGUUCGUGGACUUUAUAACAACUCCAAAAGUGGAUGGAGUGAUCUUAACUGAGAGAACCAAUGAGAAAAUAGCCCGCCUGGAAGGUACUCUCUGCUUGAGUAGUCACCACCUGCUGUUGUCCUCUCGCCAGGAUCAUCGCAAAGAGCUGUGGCUGCUCUACAGGAAUAUCGACCAGGUGGAGAAAAAAGCCAACAAUCAGAGUCCAGGAGGUUGUAUGCUCCUCAAAUGCAAGGACUUUCGGAUUCUCCAGCUGGAUAUAUCCUCCAGCGAGGAUCUGAUGAACGUGUCAGCGUCCCUGGAGAAGUUGUCCACCUUGGAACAGAUAUAUCAGUACCCAUUUUUCUACAGGCCCCAGUUGUCAGAUGCCAAUAAACAGGGUGAUGACGGUUGGUCGUGCUUUACCCCAGUCGCUGAAUGGUCGAAAUUGUUGGCAUCUCAUGGUGAUGAGUGGAGGAUAAGCUAUCUCAAUCGUGACUACAAAGUCUGCAACUCUUAUCCGUCAGCAAUAAUCGUUCCCCGGCUAAUCGAUGACAACGUCAUCAUGUCCUCAGCUGCCUUCAGAGAUGGUGGACGAUUUCCUAUUCUUUGUUACAGGCACGAAGGUGGCAGUAUAUUGUUCAGGGGGGGGCAACCGUUGUGUGGAGCCAGUGGGAAGCGCUGCAGGGAGGACGAGAAACUCCUGAAUAGUGUUCUCGGAGCUGGAAGACGAGGCUACAUUGUGGACACUAGAUCCACCAAUCAGGCGCAAACGGCGAGGGCUCGUGGAGGUGGCACUGAGAUCGACUCAGCUUAUCCUCAGUGGAGGAAGGUCUACAAAAGUGUUCCGAGGCUAGGAGAGCUCGCAGAGAGCCUGGGGAAAUUGAUAGAGAGUUGUAAUGAUGUGUCUUGUUCUAGUGGACAGUGGCUCUCCCGGUUGGAGAACUCGGGAUGGCUUACAGCUGUUCAGGGGGCUAUGAAUGCUGCUUGUGUUGUUGCUCAGUGCUUGGAGCAGGAAUUAGCUGCGGUUCUUGUACACGGAUCAAGUGGUAGAGACUCAACCCUGGUGGUGACCAGUCUUGCGCAGAUGAUUCUCAACCCAGCAUCCCGAACAAUUCGCGGUCUCCAAUCGCUCCUAGAACGUGAGUGGCUGCAGGCAGGUCAUCCAUUCUUUACUCGCACCCGUCACUGUGCCUACUUCUCCUCCCAGUCCCAUAGCCCCCCUCACUCUCCCACUUUCCUCCUCUUCCUGGACUGUCUCUUCCAGCUCCACCACCAGUUUCAGUAUAGCUUCGAGUACACCACUGACCUCCUCAUGGAGCUCUUCAAGCACGCCUAUUGCUCGGAGUACGGUACCUUCCUAGGAGACUCCGAGGCCGAGAGGAUAUCUCUCAGACUCGCCGAAAAAACCCACAGUCUCUGGCCUCACAUCAAUAGAUCCGAAAUCCUCGAUAAGUGGACGAAUCCUCUGUACGAGCCCAAUGCGAGUGUCAUAUGGCCUAGCAUAGCACCAAUCAGUAUUCGUCUCUGGAAAGAACUCUACCUGCGACACACAUCUGUAGCCCCCUGGGACGAUUUUAUUCCAUGUGCCAGACAGUUGAAGCACAAUUAUUCCUCUGUUAAGAAAUUCGCCGGACAACUGCGUAAUCAGGUGCGCCGGGCUCUUGAUGAGGUUGAAACACAUCGGGACAGCACAUCCUGCAUCAAAGACGAUGAGCAGACGCAAUCGUUGUGCUUGGGAAAGUUGAAUCUGGAGACGCAAUCUGCAUAAUGACGACUGACAAAAAUGUUUAAGAAGUGAAAUGAGCGCGACUCAGCUCGGAAAAUGCCACUUUAGUCUUUGGAGUGAAGAAGAUGACGAAAUUUUUGUGAGGUACUUCUUUCUAGGGUAGGGUAGGGUAGGGUGCAUUCUCCAGGAAAAAUGUGGUGCAACAUUUUGCGUGAACGCCCUCGUUUAAGAGAUAUGGCGUUAUUGAAGACAAAUAUUGUUGACAAACGUCAGAUAAUUUAUCAGUCACUGGUCAACUAUUUUCACUUGAUACAGAUUUAGAGAUUGAGAGGAAGACAUUGUGAAUUAGGUGAGAAGGUCUAGAGUCGUUUAUUACAAUUUCAAAUACGAAGUUAGUAUGUACAUACAUAUGAAGUAAUCUUUGAUUCACGUAGGUUCAUACCGAGGAAUGUCAAUAUAGUGUAUAAAUUAUUUAUUUUAGUUUCAUUUAGGUAUAAAUUACAGUAUUGCUGUCUAAAUUUUCACAAGUAGUUUCGUAAUCUGGUGUAAUGAUGGAAAAACUUCAGGAGAGAUCUGCAUUCCAUAUUUUCCAAUAAUACAUCACAAAAUUUCAUUAAAAAAUAAAGUUUAAGAAAGACA